ACUGUAUUUUUAGAAUUAAUAGCGUAUAAGUUACUCAAAAGUACACUCUUAGCGUAGACGCAUUACACAACCAACGCUUAAGUAUAUCAAGCUAAGCUUAAAUGCCACACUCUGUUUACAACUCAUAAGUACAGCUAAGUAACCAGACCGCCUUCGUGAGUUUGUGCGAGUAUGUCAAUGAAAGUGAGUUAAAGUUCAACUAACUUUAUAGUGCGAUCAGUUGAGACUGAUAAAAUAAAAAGAAUAAAAGUGCGGCAAGUGUACGCGCCGCUGUUUUGUUUGUGAGCGAAUGCGCGGCUCUUUGGUUGUGUCUAGCGGAAAAGUGAUUAUUUAUUUAGAAUAAAGGGUGAAAUAAUCAAAGUGAAAAUAUACGAAAGUGAAGUGAAAUACAAGAAAUAUUUUCCAGACUUUUAAAAAAAUAUGAAAAAAAUGCAAAGGAAGACAAAUCGAUGAAGUAACGAUUAAGUGCGAUUAAGUGCAGAAACGGCACUCUAACUGGCAUCGUUAAGUACCAAACCUGCUAUAUGCGUGGAGUACGAGCCAGUACCAGACUAACCCAAAAUAACUUAACCUAACAAAAGUGACAAAAUUCGCCGCCUAAAAAAGUCUAGUCAAAAUGUUUACAACACAAGUAAAUUUAAUAAUUGCAUGCACAUUAAUCAAACUAACAGUUGCAAGUGAAAUUUGCGUCGCGGGCGUGCAGCCGGAAGCGCCGGCCAGUCGGCAAGCGUUAGAGGAGACAGUUCAACGCACAUCGCCGCUUUAUGGCUUAUCAGCAAUCAGUAAUGAGUAUUCAAUUAGAACGCAGUGCCACGAGCACUUGCAGCUCUUCCGCGAUGGUGUGAGACAGAAGCUGCCUUGGGCGCUAAAAAUGUUCGACGCCUCGGCCAGCCUUGAGCCGGGCUUCACAUUCGGCAAUAAUUUUUGGCUGGGCAAUAUUGACGUUUGUAACGCCGUCGAUCAGCCGUUGACUUCGCAUACGUCAUCCCAUUUACCACAUAACAUGAAAGCCGCGCUGCUGACCUCAGUAGCGCCUUUCCACGUCGACUUUCGCAUAAUUUACCUACGUCACAACUCCAGCUGGCAAGCAGAUCCGGUGGUGAUUGCAUUUGGCACACGGGUGCAUGUGGGUCUCUGUGUACCAAGCUCAUGUGCGGAGCAAGAAAUUCGCAGUCUCAUGGAAACGUAUUUGGCUAGCGAUAUCUUUGUCGGCAAUGCGUUGUACGAAAUGAACUUGCAAUAUGAUUAUGCAAAGGAUCUAAAGCUGACGGCGUCUACUUUUCGCAGAACUUCAUUUUAUUUGUGUUGUCUUUUUAUUGCAACAACAAUUGGUUUGACCAUUGCUGCCGGCAUGACGCGGAGCGCAGCGAGCACGGAAGAGAAUAAUAACACCAAAGAUGUUGUUAUGGCGCAGGGACAGAGUGAGACUACCGCUGAAAGCAACACUACAAGUGAAAAGUUGCAGCUGGAGAAACAGCAACCCAUUAGUGUCUCGAGCUUCAUAGCCUGCUAUGACAUCCAAGCCAAUUGGCAGCACAUCUUUAAGCCGUCUAAAGCGGGUCACACAUUUGCUGCUCUCAAUGGCAUGCGAUUUGGCAGCGCCAGUUCUGUCACCGUGUACCAUUAUUUAAUGUUUCUCUUCAAUGGCACACGAAAUAAGUUGACGCUCUUCAACUAUCAAGUGCACUUGGGAAAUGUUGAUGUAUUUGUGGAUAUAUUUUUUACGAUCAGCGGAUUCCUACAGUCUUAUAAUCACUUUCGAAAUGUCAGAAUGUUGGAGAUGAUACGACAAAAUAAUUUGAAGCAAAACUUAGUAUUCAUAGGACUGCAUAUAUUUCAUCGGUGCUUGAGAUUGGCACCUUUAUACUUUCUAACUAUCGGCAUAGCAGAUUUUGGCGCACAGCUUAUAGAUGAAGUAUCUAUGUAUCAUAGCGAGCACAAAAUGAACGUGAACUGCGAAAAAUAUUGGUGGCGAAAUGUAUUCUUCAUACAGAAUUUCUACGAUCACAAUGACAUGUGUGGACUCUGGACAUGGUCGCUGGCGUGUGAUAUGCAGUUCGCGGUAUUGGCCACUGUGUUGCUUUUCCUAUAUGUCAAAAAUCCCAAACGCACCAAAUUAUGUUUAGCAGGUCUCGCUGUGGCAAGCGUAAUGUACACCUACAUUUAUGGACUCAAAUUGAAUUUCGAUGGCUCUUUGGAGUCAACUUUCGUCUUUCUAACGGAAAUCUACAUACACCCGUUAGCACGCAUUUUGGCUUAUAUUUCGGGUGGCAUCGCUGGUUGGUUCUUCGUUGAGCAGAAGCACUUGCCGUUCACUAUGGGCAAGAAGACACAACAGUUUAUGAGCUAUUUGAUAACACUCGUAUUCUUCGGCUGUAUUUUCAAGCCGCCCUUUCAAACACUUUCGCCGUUUACAUCGACCUCGAUUCUAUUGUUGGAGCGCAUCAUUUUUGCACUCACAUGCAGUAUUUUGAUUGUGGCCAAUGCGCAUGGAUGCAUGCGUUGGUUUUUCCGCUUAUUCGAGACGGUAUUAUUCCAGAAAUUCAAUAGAGUUGUUUAUGCAAUGUUUCUGUUGAACCCGUUGAUCACAUACGCACUGCCGGGUUUUAGUCAAUCGAACCUCUAUGCCAAUCUCUUAUCAAUGGUUGCUGAAUCCAUCGGCGUUUUGGUUGUCCUCGUAAUAGUUGCCACAGUGCUCACUUUACUCUUCGAAACACCUUACCAAAAUUUAUCCAGACUGUUGAUCAUUCAGCAUAUCAAGAAAAAACUUUCCUAACAAUUAAAUAUAAGUAACUGUAUCUUUUCCGUCUUUUGAAUAUGUGUUGAAUCAACACUGUUGGAAUAAUAAAUGUUUUGAUAUCGAUGAGUCACUUGAAAUAA